AUGGCUCCUUCUGCAAUCGAGAAGAUCACGUCGACGGUGUCCUCCUUCGCGUCUGAUAGACUCCGCAUCCUUGUUCCUGAGAAGGUUUCCUCAGAUGGUCUUGCACUCCUGAAAGACAAAUACGAUGUUGACAACCGCGCGGGGUUGUCUCCCGAAGAGCUCAUCGAAGCGAUCCCCAACUACCACGCACUGAUUGUACGGUCCGAAACGAAGGUGAAUGCGGAUGUACUGGCUGCUGGCAGAAAGCUCCGCGUCGUUGCACGAGCCGGCGUGGGCGUGGACAACAUUGACGUCGACGCAGCAACAAAUCAGGGUAUCAUUGUCGUCAACUCGCCUUCUGGCAACAUCGUUGCCGCUGCUGAGCACACGAUUGCCCUCCUCCUCGCCACGGCUCGCAAUGUCGGCCGCGCAGAUACCACAAUGAAGGAUGGAAAGUGGGAGAGAGGCAAGCUUGUUGGUGUCGAAGUUGGCAACAAGACCCUCGGUAUUAUCGGCCUCGGCAAGGUGGGAAUGAAGGUUGCCCGAAUGGCCAUAGGCCUCGGCAUGAAAGUGAAGGCGGUUGAUCCGUAUGCCAGUGCAGAGAUUGCCGGCCAGGCCAACGUCGAGCUGGUAGCUGAUCUCAAGAGUCUAUUGCCGAUUGUAGACUUCUUGACCAUUCACACUCCGCUGAUGGCGAGUACACUCGACUUGCUGAAAGAGGAGGAGUUCCAGCAAAUGAAGAAGACUGCUAGAGUCCUCAAUGUUGCGAGAGGCGGCGUGUACAACGAGGCAGCGCUUCUUCGUGCGUUGGAUGAGGGAUGGAUCGCCGGAGCUGGUCUCGAUGUCUUCACGGCAGAGCCACCAGUCGCCGAGUCGACAGCGUCUCAGCUGACCCGGCACCCCAAGGUGGUCGCCACCCCUCACCUGGGAGCCUCUACUGUAGAGGCUCAAGAGAACGUUUCGAUGGACGUCUGUACGCAGGUGGCCGAGAUCCUCCGCGGUGGAUUGCCAACAGCAGCCGUCAAUGCACCGUUGAUCAUGCCGGAGGAGUAUCGCAAGUUGCAACCGUUUGUGCGUCUUAUCGAAAAGAUGGGCGGGCUAUAUACGCAACACUUUGUCGGUAGCCGAGGUGGUAUGAUUGGUGGCCGGAAAUUCGAGCUCAUCUAUCAGGGCGACCUGGCGGGCAUCUCCAACACACGACCGUUGUACGCCGCGCUGGUAAAGGGGCUCGUUUCAUCCAUCAGCGACUCAGGCGGCCGAGAUGUCAACAUCGUGAACGCCAGCCUGACGGCUAAGGAGAAAGGCAUCAUCAUCAGCGAGACGCACAGUGGGGAAGCGAAGAACGCAGUGUAUGCCAGCUUGGUGACGCUCCGAUCACACGGCGCAGGUGGCGAGCAGGUCAUCGAGGGAUACGUGUCGGGGCAGAGCAUCUACAUCUCGAAGCUAGACCGAUUCAGCGCAACUUUCCAGCCGCACGGAACGAUGUUGGUGCUGCACAACUAUGACGAGCCGGGCAAGAUUGGCGGUGUCGGUAUGGUACUGGGCCAGCAUGGGAUCAAUAUCACCUUCAUGCAGGUGGCCAGCUUGGACGGCGAGGAGAGGAAGGCAGAAGGAGGCAAUGAGGCAUUGAUGAUACUGGGCAACCGGACCAGGGAUGACGAUGCCGAUACUAGUCCCGGCCACAAAAGCUACUUCCGAGCCACGGAUGUGGGCAUCUUCAACCCAGAGACCAAAGAUGUAAGCAAUCUGGGCAUGGUCAGUGAUGGUAAAUUGACCAUCUACACAGACAUCUACGCCUUCACCGAUCGACUCAUCGAUCUGGCCGCUACCCGAGGCGAGGAUGCUGUCAAAGAAGUUUGGACGCAAUGUCUGCAGGGACCUGCAUUGGUAUGGUAUUCACAGAUUCUGACCACUACCGAUCGCAACUUGCUCCGCACCGCACCGGUGGGCGCCAUCACUGAUAAAUUACUUGAGCGCUUUAAGCCGCAUUAUGGCGAGGCGAUGCGUCGAUGGAACUACCGAUUCAGGGGAAGAGGCGGCUACACUAAUCCGUACCGCGGCGGAUAUCAGAGGACCAUCCCGGAGAACAGGCGCCUCACGGCACCGGAAGACAAGGCGCCGGCCAUCAGAGCGCAUCUUGCCAAUAUCCAGGAUGAAGCAUACGGUGACAACGACGUCGACAACCCGGAGGAGACAGCCCAAUUGGCACACUACCAGGCACCAACCGUGGCAGAUGAUGAUGAGUACGGAACCUAUGACAAAGAUGUGUUCGAGGACUCACAGCCGGAAUGGAUCGAGCCAGGAGGAGAACUACCCUUCACAUCUGACACAUCCCACGCAGCCAACUUCAUCGCGGUCAGCCGCCCUCAAGAUCCUCACCGACUGACAGUCAAACGGUGCAGGAUGUGCUCAGAGACAUUCGACAGCAAUAACCAGCUGCACAAGCACAUCCGCAGACAGCACGGCAACGGACAAGCUGGCACGAGCAUCACAUCAACCGCAUUUAUGGCAUUCACCGAAGCCUCGAUGCAAGCACAGCCGACCACAUCAGCGUCAGAUGUCAUGAAGGCAACCCCAACCAUCGUCACUUCAUCGGUGGACCCCGCGACGCAGAUGGGCACAGGAUUUGGCUUCAGAUCUUGGUCGUACUUCAGAUUCUGGAUCACACCAGACCCUCAGCAAUGCCAUGUCCAGAUGGACAUCUGCGGUAAUACCGGAUGCUCCACCACGUUGAUCGACAGGCAGUUCCUUCAAAAGCACUACCCACAUCUAACACUCCGCACCAGAGCGUCCCCAAUCACUAUCAAAGGCCUUAAUAAUACACAGCACCGCACCGAUUAG